ACUACUUAUACAAGUUCGACGCUGCCAGAGUUUGCGAUGGCAUGGGGCUGAAACUCCAGAUCUCCGCCUUUGGCGCGCUGCUGGGCUCCCUCUUCCUCUCCUUCACCUUUGUGGCCUCGCUCCACAUCUGGAAGUUUGCGGGCUACAAGGACACCAAUAGGGAUGACCCAGGCACCAUCAAGCGGAGAUUUGUCUCUGCUAUCCUUUCCUGCCUUUGCUCGGCGUUGUUGGUCCGCCUCCUGGCGCGGGAGGCGCCCGAGUCCGAGCACGGCCUUUCCUUCUCCGAGCUGCUGGGGGUGAGGUGCGACUUGUUGGGCAAGGCCUGCGUCAACUGCUUUGCGCUGACAGCGCUGCUGUUUCUGGGCCCCCUGGUGCAACACCUCUUGGUGGUGCUGAAAGGUUACGACAAGCUCUUCCUUGCCAACGGCCUAGGUUUCUGGGUCAUCACGCGGAACCUGGUGCUGGCGCCGAUCACAGAGGAGUUUGUUUUCCGCGGCUGCCUGGUGCGUCUGUGGGUUUCGGCCGGCCUGCCACUGAUGGCCACGAUCUUCUGCAGCCCCUUCUGCUUUGCCCUUGCCCACGCGCACCACUUUGUGGAACACGUGCGGAGGACGAGGAGCAAGAAGCAGGCUUUGGCGCAGGUGCUCUUCCAAGUUUUUUACACCUCGCUCUUCGGAAUGUACUCGAACUUUCUGCUGAUCCGGACCGGCUCCCUGCUCGCCGUAAUCCUAGCGCACGCCUUCUGCAACCACCAGGGCUUCCCGGACGUGGGCUUCUUCGUCUCCAGCAGCGAGCCGCUGUACGAGCAUCGGAAGCUGAUGGGCGCCAUCUAUUUGCUUGGGAUCGUGGGCUUCGCUUGCUCUGCUGGCCCGAUGCAGCGUGGCAGAGGGGCGAGAACGGGGACAAGAGGAUACGGCACUUCAAUUUUCUUAACAGGUGGUCUGCGCCAAAUGAGCAAGAGUCAAAACCAAUUGGUUUUCUGUGGUUCCAAAACCCGGGGACUAAAUUUCCCACGUCCUCUUGAAAACACACGCUUUUGACCGUAGCUCACAUGGUGGGCAGCGUGGCAAGCCGCCGUUGGGGUGAAGGCCAAACCUUGGUCCACCCGCGAGACGGACCUUCACUCCUUUCGCUAAGCUACCGGAGCUAAUUUCGCCGGCCGGCGGGUACAAUAAGACCCAUGAAAAUG